UCUGAUAAUUGAGCCAAGAAGUUUAUUGUUUUGACGCGCACAGACAUGGCGGAUGUUAUAUUUAUCACGCAUUUUGUGCUUUUGUUGACGUUCAAAUUAUGUCCAGGAGAAAAACGAAGUAUAGGAUUAACGGAGGAUGACGUUCCCAUGGACAAUGAAGAACCACCUGAUCCUCCUGAACCGAGUGACAACCACUUUACGGGUGUUAAUUCUACCCAAAAACGUUAUAAGUGCCUCAGUUGUGAUCCUCCAGAUUGUGUGUCUGAAGAAACCUGCGAAAAUGCAAUCACAUGCUGGAAGUCGAGAGUACAGGAAGCAGAUGGGACACAGCGAUUAAGUAGAGGAUGUACCGACCUACCCGAACAGAUGCCAUUGAUAUGUAGCAAACCACAACAACCGAUUGGAAAUGGUAGUGGGAAAAAGAGACAAGCAAGCAGUUCAACUGGAGGUGGACAAUUUAGCGUUGUAUGCUGCCAGAGUGAUUUAUGUAAUAACGGAUCCUUUCCUGAUCUGCCGUCACACUAUCUUCCAGAGCAGUCGAACGGAUCGGAAGAUUAUGCGGUCAAACUGACUCUGGCAAUCCUGGGUCCAAUGGUCGGACUUGGAGUAGUCGGCAGCGGCAUACUCGCUUGUAUACUCAUUCGUAGAACACGUCGCAAGCGCCCUUUGGUCCCUCGACGAAACAAACUCCUUGUUGACUCAGAACUAGAGCCUUCCUCACUUCAUUUUUCCUCAUCUCCCUCUACAACUUCCACCUAUCAUACACACGAGCUCAGAGCAACUGCUGCUGGUGAUAGCACUCUCAAGGAAUAUUUGGAUGGACGGAGUCUCACUAGCGGUUCAGGAUCAGGAUUACCGUUACUCGUUCAACGUACAUUAGCAAAACAGGUAGCAUUGGUUGAAUGCUUAGGAAGUGGAAGUGGUGGAGGUGGCGGAUUUGGUGGCGAAGUAUGGCGUGGUAUCUGGCAUGGGGAGUGCGUAGCUGUAAAAAUAUACUUCUCAAGAGACGAAGCCGCAUGGACCCGUGAAACUGAGGUAUAUUCGAGACUUUUACCAUCACGUCACGACAAUAUUCUCGGAUAUGUUGGCAGCGAUAUGACCAGCAGAGGAAGCUGCACUCAAUUGUGGCUAGUAACACACUACCAUCCACUUGGCUCUCUCUAUAAUCAUUUAAACCGUUCACCCCACCCACUGACACACCACCAAACUCUGAACAUCUGCCUGAGUGUGGCAAACGGACUGCUUUACUUACACACUGAAAUUAAUGGAACUCGAGGAAAACCAGCAAUGUCGCACCGCGACUUGAAAACCAAAACUAUACUCGUCAAAGCAAAUGGUGCCUGCGCAAUAUCAGAUUUUGCUCUUGCUGUAACUCAGGAACGUCUCACUACGGAUCGAGUUGAUCUUCGUCAAGGUACCAAGCGGUACAUGAGUCCAGAGGUUCUUGAUCAAACAAUAAACAUAGAGUGCUUAGAGAGUUUUCGUCGUGCAGAUAUUUACAGUUUAGCACUCAUUAUGUGGGAGGUAAGUCGGAGAUGUGUGAGUAGUGGUGUGGCUUUGGAUUACGCUGCUCCUUAUUCUGAGUGGCUUUCGGGUGGCAAUCAAGAACCCUCUUUUGAAGAAAUGCGAAAAUUGGUAUCGCUGAAUCAGCGAAGACCACCUCUUCCAAACCGAUGGCACUCAGAUCCUACUCUCGCUGGAAUGGGAAAAUUGAUUCGCGAGUGUUGGCACGGGAAGCCUGCUGCACGUCUCCCGGUACUCAGAGUGAAAAAAACACUUGUGAAGCUGGCAUCAAAUGACCCUCAUGUUCAUUUGCCUCUAGACUGACUGGUAACUUCAUCUACCAGUUCUUACACACGUAUUUAUUAUUACUGUAAUUUCAUCAAAUCAUCAUAUUCAUCCCAAACUUUUUCAACCAGUAUAAAUUUUGUGUCAUUACCUCUGAGAGUAUAGAAAAUAUCGUCUGUC